AUGGCAGUGCUCGUCUUCCCUGGCGACUUCAGCCCGGUGCACGUGGGACAUCUUUUGAUGGUGCAGCAGGCAGUCAAGUCGCAACAGCUGCCAUCGUCCUGCAUCCUAGAGAUCCUGGCAUGGUAUCUCACCGCAAGGGCCGGCUGUGCCCGUUCUGUGAGUCUGUGGCUCCGUGACAUCCCGUGCCUGGUGGCUGUUGGCUCAAAGGAAGGAAUUUGCACGUUCCAAGGUUGUUUGGUGCGGCGCCUUUUGGCCACCGAGCAACCUCGCCGGCGGUGCACAGGACAUCGAGGCGGGAGAAAAGAUGAUCCGAACGGGGUGGUCACGGCUUACAACCGGAUGGGGCACAACCACUUCUGCAGCAUCUUGGCAAGCAAAGAGAGCGCAGCCAUAGAACAGCUCAUCAGUACCCAUCGGGCGCUUCUCCUAGACGGAGGACGUGCCGAGGUGGGUAGCGAAGCUGGCUACAGUGCCUGCGCCAUCUUUCUAAGUGCGGUAGAGACUACGGCCAAGACGUUUGGACUUGAGGCUGCUCCGCGUGCCUACCGCAAAAGGUUCUCGGCGAACUACCGUGCACUCUUCCCAGACGACGCACGGCAUUACCGAGUGGACGUACUUGAGGCUAGCGCAGACCAGCAUUCUGCGAUUUGGGUCAACGGGGACAAGUUCGAACUGAGCCCAGAGGCGAUUUGCCACGCCGAAGCUUUGCAAAAGGCGUGGGCAGAAUUGUCCCAACUCGUCGAGUCCUGCGCCGGUCCCGACGGAAACACUGCCAGACAUCCGGCGCGAUCGGAUCUUUGUACAGUCCUGGACGCUCUGGAUGCGGCCUGGGCAGGCUUCGAACACAAGUAUAUUGCUGAGUUGAUUGACAUCGAAGAGCAGGCUCGAAGGCUCAUCAUCAAGGCUGUGGAGCUGGAGGCCCGACUAUCUAUGCUGGAGGAAAAUGUGGGCAAGGGCAAGGAAAGUCAGGAUGUGCAGAGAGCGCUAGUGCAAGGGAUUGCGCAUCUCAACUCCGUUGCCAAUUUCCGGCGCAAGGGUCGUGAUGACUUGGGCUAUGACAUUUUGGAGUCUGCAGCCGCAGUCCUCAGCAGAUUCAGUCUCACCAGUAAAGAUAUCGUGGCAGCUGGCGAGGGCAAGGGCUUCGCAGCAGCUGCCAUCCAAGAUGCAGUGUCAAGAAGUGCCGGCGUGUCCAUGGCAGUGGAUGUGGUUGGCUCCUUUGAAGCGAUGCGCCGGUAUCUGCGAGAGGUGAAGAAGUGCCUCGAGCGAGUGGACCCGCAUCUUUGCAACAAUGUGGGGCUCGUCGCAAGGCUCGUGGACUGGGAGGAGAGCUGGGAGAUCGGUUCUCGGUACGUCCGGCAAACGGUGCUGUUUGACGCGAACAACGACGUCGUUGCCGAAUUUCGCGUUGCCCAGAGAUUGGCCCCAGCAUUCACGAACAUGUGCACGGACUGCGACGUGGAGCUUUUCUUAGUCCUUCCCAGGAUGGUCAUUCUGUGCUGCUUGGAGAAGCCGGGCGAACCACGUGCAGGACUCUUGAGGAGUUUGCUGCCGCACCGCUUCCCAGAGUCGGCUGCGAAAGGCUUGGAGGUGGACCCCGAGAUGGGACUUUUGCUCACGCAGUUUAGCCAGGUGCUGUCCUUACUGGUUGGUGCCGGCGAUUCGGCUCCCCAGGCCACAUUGGUGCGAAGAGCUGUCACAGGGGCGGCGGGAGGAGAGGAAGUGCGACACCUUCCCCCAGCAGUCCAGGAGCGUGUGGAGGCUCUGAUGCGCGAGGUCGAGCGCUGGAGCCUCGAGCUGCAGCGCCACAACGCUGAGGACUGGAACCAAUGCAGCUCUGUCCUGGUUCAAUGUUUAAAUGGGAACUCCCAGAAGCAGCACCUAUUGCCCUCUGGCAAAUUUCAGGUGUGA